CGUAUCUUUGUAUAAAGCAAAAUGGCUAUGAAUGUUGAGGUUGUCUCCAGGGAGAUUGUUAAGCCAUCAUCUCCAACACCUCAUCACCUUAGGAACUUCAAGCUUUCCUUCUUAGACCAAAUUGCACCACCUUUCUAUACUUCAGUCAUUUUCUUCUAUGAUUCUAAGCAAGACAACCUAAAUGGUCAUGAUGAGUUCGAAAGAUCUUCUUCACUAAAAAAGUCGUUAGCUGAAACCCUAACUAGUUUCUAUCCCUUGGCUGGAACACUUAUGUAUGAAGAUCUCUCCAUCAACUGUAACGACAAGGGUGUCGACUAUAUUCAAGCUCGAGCCUCAUGCAAGCUAUCAGAAGUAGUAGAGAAACCCAAUGAAAAGGUACUGAACCCAUUGCUCCCGUUUGACCCCUAUAGUAAUUUCACUGAGCUUGGAAAGAAAGUUCUCCUAGCUAUCCAAUAUAACAUAUUUGAAUGUGGUGGAGUAGCCAUUGGCGUGAUCUUUUCACACAGGAUUGUUGAUGGAACAUCGGUUGUAGCAAUUGUUAAUGCAUGGGCUGGCAUGUCCCGUGGGGCGACUGAAAUUAUAAACCCUAGUUUUGAUGCAGCCAUCCAUUUUCCUCCAAGAGAGAUAUCUGGGUUCAUGAUGGGUCAAUCAAUGCUUGAAGAGAAGAUCGUGGCUAGAAGAUUUGUGUUCGAAAAAUCGAGCAUAGAUUCCCUUAAAAAAGAAGCCUCUGUUGCAUUCGGCCCCGGAGAAAGGGGCCCAUCGCGUGUGGAGGCCGUGUCAACAUUCAUAUGGAGUCGUUUCAUGGCGAUAGCUCGUGCAAAUCUGGCGAAAAAAACAAAGAUUUUUGGAGUACUUUAUACAGUGAACUUGCGCGAGAGGAUGGUUCCAAAACUUCCAGAACAUUCCAUUGGGAAUCUGUGGUCGGUUGCGAUGACAGCAUCACCUGCUGAGGCUGAGAAGGAUUAUCCUUCUCUAUUGAGGCAGGUUAGGAAUGCAAUCAUGGAAGUCAAUGAUGAUUAUGUGAAGAAACUCCGAGAUGGGCGUUUGGAUUGGAUGAAGAAUGAUCAUGAAAAGCAGUCAAAUGGUGAGAUAGAAUUCUGUAACUUUACUAGUUGGUGCAGGUUUCCAGUCUAUGAAGCAGAUUUUGGGUGGGGGAAGCCCACGUGGGUGUGUAGUCCCAGCAGGCCAUCGAAGAAUGUGGUGGUGAUGAUGAGUACUAAAGAUGGUGAUGGAAUCGAGACAUGGGUAAACAUGACGGAAGAAGACAUGGCCAUGUUUCAACAUGAUCUGGAGCUGCUCUCAUUUGCUACAUCGGCUGCUGUGGAAUGAUUUUUCACCUACCUCGCUACUCAAUCUGGACUACUUGUGCUUGUUAAUUUUUUUUUUGGUCUUAUUAUAUGUAUGUGAAAAUAAGAAGGAUGAUGUAUGAUGAUGAUCAUCAUCAGAUCUAUCAUGCAUCUCCAAGUUUGCCUU